UGGUCGGCCGCCAUUCGGGCCUCCCGGCCUGCUGCGGCGGCGCGGCCGGUCGAGGCCGGGCUCGGCCCGGCCCGCGACGGCUGGCCGCCGACGAGCGCGCUCGCGCUGCUCGUCAAAAUGGCGGCGGUGGCGAUUGCGGCGACGGUCGUUCAGUCGUACAGCGCUCAGGCGUCUGUCAUCUGUCGUCUGUUGUCGCAUUUCGCACACGCGCGCGCCGCGCGACCCGCGUCGCUCCGCGAGGGCAUGAGCCUUCCGCGAUUCGAUCCCGCAGCCAAAAGCUGCUCGCUCGAACCGCGGCCGACUCUACCAGCAGCUGUUGAGCUCUUCAGAAGACUGGUGCCUCAUAUGCUGCCUCCCUGCGGAUGGCCGGCGAGCCUGGCGCGUCCAGAGUAUCGACCUCUGGCGAGUCAGCCAGCCAUGAAGUACAGCGAUCGCCAUCUCGCUGGCCUCUCCGCAGGCCCCCCCGACCGCGUCGAACUCAUCGGCGCGGGCUCUCUCGGCUACGGGACCGGCCCCAGCUUCGGCUGAGGGCUGACAAGGCACAAGCUGCCGAGCCCAAAUCACUGUGAGAGUCGUGAUUUCUUGU